AUGUUCAAGAGGUGGAAACCAGAGAAGUCGAAGAAGGACUCGGCGGCCGCGCCAACGCCGCCGCCAGACGCCGAUUCGUUCAAAGGCGAGUCCAUCCAUUUUGAAACCAUCCAAACACCCGAGGAACCGAUCGAUCCCGCUUUAGAAUUCGCCGUGCUCAACAAUGCGCAGCCCCAGAUGCCGUAUGGAGACGGGUCCGACAAGGUGUUUGGCAUGGAGAACUUUGGCUACACGUGCUACAUCGCGUCCAUCUUGCAAGCCUUAUACUAUACGACGCCUUUCCGCCACGAGAUCCUGUCUUUUCCAGAGCGAGACCCCUCGCAUCCACGAAAACGGAAACUGAGGGUUUCGGGGCACAAGCCCCACGCAUACUUGGCGAGCUUGGCGAGCGCGCCUCCGUCCAGCGGCUCGAACGGGUCGACGGCCAACGGUAACGGCGGUGCGGGCGUGUCGCAGAGCUCUAAAGUGCGCAGUUUGUUCAAACAGGGCCAGUCGCAAUCCACCCCAUCCACGGCCGGAACUGUUGAGCAGGACGGCACUUUUGAGCUGAACAACCCGGAGAUAGAGAAAGUGCUUCUGGCCAAGUACCCUGAGUUUGCCAAGCUCAACAUCAACUACUCGCUGAACCAGCAGAAAAAUAUCACCAUCGUUGGAGUCAUGGAUAACCCAGCUGCCACCAGCGAACAGCGCAAAAGACAGGCUCUUUUGCGGGGGCCCGUGAUCAACCUGGACCACUCGUACUCGCAGGAGUACGGCAUGUCGCAGAGCAUCUUCACUGCGCUCAAGGACGUGUUUGAGUGCGUGGCUGAAAACUCCUCUAAAGUGGGGAUCGUGUCUCCUCAAAGACUGGUGGAGGUGGUGAAGAAGGAGAACGAGAUGUUUCGCAGCUCGAUGCAUCAGGAUGCACACGAGUUUCUGAAUUUCUUGAUCAACAACGUGAUCGAGUCCAUCGACCUGUACUGCAAGUCCACGGGGAGGAAAUCAAACAUCCAUCGUCUUUUCGAGGGUCUUCUCACAAGCGAAACCAAGUGUCUUUUCUGCGAAAAGACCUCCACCAGAGACGAGAUGUUCCUAGACCUUUCGAUAGAUCUCCAACAAGACACUUCCAUCACCCACUGCUUGAAGAUGUUUUCACAAAGCGAAAUGCUCACGGGUUCCAAUAAGUUUUACUGCGACGACUGCCAUUCUUUGCAAGAAGCAGCAAAGACAAUUAGACUGAAGAAACUGCCUAAAAUACUAGCAUUGCAUCUCAAACGGUUCAAGUACUCGGAGGAGCUGGGCCGUAACGUGAAGCUGUUCUACAGAGUGGAGUAUUCCAAGGUGCUGCGGAUCUGCAACACGACCGAGGACUCGGAUUACUCCGACAUGUUAUACGAGCUGUACGCCGUGGUGGUGCACAUUGGCGGCGGCCCGUACCACGGCCACUACGUUUCGCUUGUCAAGACGGCCAAGUUUGGCUGGCUGCUAUUUGACGACGAAACGGUCGAGUGUAUCGACGAGAAUUUCGUUUACCGCUUCUUUGGCGACGGUCCAGGACUCGCCACCGCCUAUUUAUUGUACUACAGACAGAUUGAGGAUGAGGAGAAGUACACAGAGCAGCUGUUGAAAGAAGGACUUUCCUCUGCUCUGGAUGGAGAAAUAGACACCAGCGCAUUCCAACACGAAGAACCUGUUCUUGUUGCUCCCGAGGCUGACGAGAAAUCAGACCCGUUCGAGAAAGAGCCGGUGGAGACUCCGCCAAAGCAGGACAAACAGGAAAAGAAAAAACGGGUAUUUGGCUUCAAGCUGGGAAAGAGUUGA